CUUGCGCAGGGGCGGGGAGCAGCUGCUUUGAGCGCCGCGGUGUUGCCAGUUGAGUUCGCCCAGUGAAUCCCAGCCAGCUCCUAGGGUGGUGCAGUGAACUGUGUGUGGUUCCUUCUGCCUGGGGACCAUGCAGAGAGCUUCCCGUCUGAAGAGGGAGCUGAAGUUGUUAGCCACAGAGCCACCCCCGGGCAUCACUUGCUGGCAAGAUAAGGACCAAAUGGAUGAUCUGCGAGCUCAAAUAUUAGGUGCGGCUGACACACCUUAUGAAAAAGGUGUUUUCAACCUGGAAGUUAUCAUUCCUGAGAGGUAUCCGUUUGAACCCCCUCAGAUCCGAUUUCUUACUCCAAUCUAUCAUCCAAACAUUGAUUCUGCUGGACGGAUUUGUCUAGAUGUUCUCAAAUUGCCACCAAAAGGUGCCUGGAGACCAUCUCUCAACAUUGCAACCGUGUUGACUUCUAUUCAGUUGCUCAUGUCCGAACCCAACCCUGAUGACCCACUCAUGGCAGACAUAUCCUCCGAAUUUAAAUAUAAUAAGCCAGUCUUCCUCAAGAAUGCCAGGCAGUGGACAGAGAAGCAUGCAAGACAGAAAGAGAAGGCUGAUAAGGAGGAGAUGCCUGGUGAUCUGCCAGAGGCUGGUGACUCAGAAGUAUGCAGCACAACACAGAAAAGGAAAGCCAGGCAGCUGGGAGGCACAGGAAAGAAAUUUUGCCCUGAUGCUUAGGGGUUCGUCCUGGUCUAUCUUAGUUAAUAUAUUCUUUGCUAAGAUGCUCUAAUUUGCUUACCUUUCUUGACUGUUUGUCUUUGUAUUUGUUGACAUUAUCAUUUUUUGUAUCGUCUAAAACAGACCUUGUGUAUUUACAUAUUCUGCUCUACAUAGAUGCUCUGAGGGUAGUUUGUUUUAUUUAGCUUGUACAUACGUAUUUUGAAACCUUUUAAACCUGAAAAAUAAAUAAUCAUUUAAUGUUGAA